ACUGGCACCUCCGGGACGGUGUCGGGUCGGAGGAGAAGAAGAAGAAGAAGAAGAAGAGGAGGAUUGCAUCACAGCAGCAGCAGAUCAAAGGGGAGGAUCUGUUGAGAGAAAGCUCCGCAGCAGUUCAGCGGAAAGUUUAUGUGAGUCAGUUCAGCGGAAGUGGAGCUCAGAGUGCGCAACAGGUGUCAGGUCUGUAUGCUUGUUGUGCGACUCGCUGUUUUUAAACUCUCUGAAGUGGUUCGGAGUUAAAAGUUUUCGUCGGUUAGAAGAACAACAACAUGUCGAACCUCCGACCCAGACAGUGUGUUCUGGAGAAAGGCUCCGGCGGCUACGGGUUCCACCUGCACGGGGAGAAGGGCAAGACCGGGCAGUUUAUCCGGCUCGUGGAGUCCGACACUCCCGCCUCGCACGCGGGGCUGCUCGCCGGAGACCGCCUGGUGUUCGUGAACGGGGAGCGCGUGGAGGGCGAGAGCCAUCAGCAGGUGGUCGCUAGGAUACGGGCCACCGUCGGGGCUCUCGAGCUCGUCGUGGUGGACUCCGAGACGACGGAGCUGCUGAAGAAACACAACCUGCAGUGCCGGAAAGAAUACGUCACGGAGGGGAUUCCCCUGCCUCAGCCGGCCGGGGACAGCGACUCUGACCGCGGGGACGCGCAGAGCAACGGCGGCACCCCGAGGGGCUCCACCCCGAGGAGGGGCUCCACCCCGGCCCCGCGGGAGAACGGGGAUGCUUCCUCGGAGAGGUCGGACCGGUCGGGGAGGCUGAGUGUCAGCUCCAGCACCAAGGAGGAGCUCGGCGGGCUCCGGCCUCGUCUCUGCCAGCUGAAGAAGGGAAGCAGCGGCUACGGCUUCAACCUGCACAGUGAGAAGUCCAAGCCAGGCCAGUACAUCAGAGCUGUGGAUGAAGACUCUCCAGCACAGAGAGCAGGCCUCAAACCCCAGGACAAGAUCAUCCAGGUUAAUGGCAUGUCAGUGAUUGGCAUGCAGCACUCGGAGGUGGUAGCAGCCAUUAAAGCAGGAGGAGACGAGGCCGUUCUGCUGGUGGUGGACGCUGAGACGGAGGAGUUCUUUAAGAGAUGUAACGUGCUGCCGGGGGUGGAACACGUCACCGGACGUCUUCCUGAGCCAGCGGCAGACAGCAGAGCAUCAGAGGACGAGGAGGAGGCAGCAGCAGAGGUGAAGACUAGCGUGUCUGUGAGUAAGACGUCCUCCAUCUCCUCCCUGCCAGCAGCCAGCAGCAGCUUCACACCUGCAGAGGUGGAUCCGGCCCCAGCAGCAGACAGUCUGGGUCUGAGCCUGUCCCUGGCCCAGGCCAGAGAGAGAGCCCAUCAGAAAAGAUCCGCCAAGAAAGCCCCGACCAUGGACUGGAGCAAGAGGAACGAACUCUUCAGCAACUUAUAAAACAUCCUCCUCCUCAUCCUCAGUGAUCCUGAUCCUGAUCCUGAUCCUGAUCCUGCCUCGCCUGUUCUGCCCUCUGGAUUUGGUUUUCACCUUUGACAGACACGAUGUUAAACUCUCCAGUUAUAUACAGUAUUAUUUGAUGAUUUUAUUUGUUUUAAUUUAGUUUUUGCCACUUUUAUUGCAUGUUUUUAAUAACGGUUGACAUCACACAAAGAAAUGAAUGUUAAUAUAUUCAGAGGAAUGUUUAAAGAGAAUCAUAGUUAUGUUGUUAAGUUUCUCAUAAGAAGAAAAAAGGACUGUAAGGAAUAAUAAUGGGGCGUAGGGGGGAAAAAAACAUUUUGGCAAGAUUUUCUGAAAUCUACAAUUGAGACAAAUGUCAGAUUUUGAUGUCUGCAAUCAGCAACUAGCUUGAAAGAAUCUCUGGUUAGUGUCUGUUAAUGAUCAAUGCUGAAUCAUCUCAUAACCGUUCUAUGAGAACCUGUUCUACUGUUCAUCUGUGUUCUUCGGCUCUAAAGAUGGAGAAUUUGGAGAAUGAUGAAAGCUCUGCUGGCCUUACUGGAAACAUCCCUGCAGGGUUUCUGUCGUCAUUUACGAUUCAGGAAAAUUACAGAUUUUGUUUGACUGAUGAUUGUACAUACAUGAUUAAAUGAUUUAAGAGGUU